AUGCGUGUGGGAUACAAUGUUAGGGGCAGGUGGGGUCUUAUUUGCGGCGCCAGGGAUGAGCCUGGUUCACCGCCUGGUGAUUCACAGUUUCAACGUUUCACCACUUCCGUUUAUCAACGCAGCGUCAACACCAUCCUCACCAUCCUCACCGUCAACACCAUCCUCACCGUCAACACCAUCCUCACCGUCAACACCAUCCUCACCGUCAACACCAUCCUCACCGUCAACACCAUCCUCACCGUCAACACCAUCCUCACCGUCAACACCAUCCUCACCGUCAACACCAUCCUCACCGUCAACACCAUCCUCACCGUCAACACCAUCCUCACCGUCAACACCAUCCUCACCGUCAACACCAUCCUCACCGUCAACACCAUCCUCACCGUCAACACCAUCCUCACCGUCAACACCAUCCUCACCGUCAACACCAUCCUCACCGUCAACACCAUCCUCACCGUCAACACCAUCCUCACCGUCAACACCAUCCUCACCGUCAACACCAUCCUCACCGUCAACACCAUCCUCACCGUCAACACCAUCCUCACCGUCAACACCAUCCUCACCGUCAACACCAUCCUCACCGUCAACACCAUCCUCACCGUCAACACCGUCCUCACCAUCCUCACCAUCCUCACCGUCUACACCGUCUACACCGUCAACACCGUCAACACCGUCAACACCGGCUACAUCGUCAACACCGUCAACAAGCAUCUCAAUAUCCGUGAAUUACAUGGGGGACACUGGCGUGAACAGACGAUUGCUUCUAAUACUGACGUCUCGCCUGUGAUACAAUUGUCUCUAUUCGCUAAGACAACACUCGCCCCCCUGCGGAAGUCCUUGGUUGCGCAGCUUUUCCCCUGCGGAGGUCCUUGGUUGCGCAGCGCUCCCCUGCGAAGUCCCUUGGUUGCGCAGCUCUUCCCUGCGGAGGUCCUUGGUUGCGCAGCUUUUCCCCUGCGGAGGUCCUUGGUUGCGCAGCGCUCCCCUGCGAAGUCCCUUGGUUGCGCAGCUCUUCCCUGCGAAGUCCCUUGGUUGCGCAGCUCUUCCCUGCGGAGGUCCUUGUUUGCGCAGCGCUCCCCUACGAAGUCCCUUGGUUGCGCAGCUCUUCCCUGCGGAGGUCCUUGUUUACGCAGCGCUCCCCUGCGGAGUCCCUUGGUUGCGCAGCUCUUCCCUGCGGAGACUCUUGAUUUCGCAGAUGUCCCUGCGGAGACUCUUGGUUUCGCAGACGUCCCUGCGGAGACUCUUGGUUUCGCAGACGUCCCUGCGGAUUACCCUGAUAACGCAGAGCGUGUCCUCCGAAAGGACGUAUCCCCCACUUCACUAGGCUCAUGA